AGUACGGCUCAAUUAAACAUUCACCUCGGUUAUCUCCCAUGCACCGCCCACCUUUUGGUUAGGUUGACUCCCAGACACCUUCCUCAUAAUACGGACCGUUUUGGAGAGGAGCUCCAUACAUAUAUGUAAAUGCUGGAGGCGACUGAGGUGCUAUUUGAAUAUUUACGCGUAACGCGUCUUCGUUAGCGUUGAUUGUUAGUGAGGAACUACAUAUCCCAAGAAGUUUUUUUGCAGCACUUUAACGUCUAGACUCACGGUAGGUGUAGUCAGGAGACAAUACGCACGACCCUCCUCCUCCAGUCACCGCGUCGCAAUCAAGACUUUAAAAAGCGCAGACGGGAGGGACGCAGGGGCACGCGCUGGAGACUUGGAGAGGGUCGCAGACAUGGAAAAAGAUCCAGCGAGACCCAGCUGGGGCAGCCCCAUGCAGUUUGUGUUGGCAUGUGUGUCAUAUGCAGUCGGACUUGGAAACGUAUGGCGGUUUCCUUACCUCUGUCAAAUGCACGGUGGAGGAGGGUUCCUGAUUCCAUAUCUCCUCAUGUUGGUUUUGGAGGGGGUGCCCUUGUUCUACAUGGAGCUUGCAAUUGGUCAGAAGAUGCGUUUAGGUAGCAUUGGGGCAUGGACCGCCAUCAGCCCUUAUUUGGGGGGUGUGGGUCUUGCCAGUGUUGUGACAUCCUUGUAUCUGUGUCUGUAUUACAACAUCCUCAAUGCAUGGAGUUUCUGGUACCUCUUUCAUUCAUUUCAAUCAGUAUUACCCUGGUCAGUUUGCCCCUUAAAUGCUAACCUGACGGGUCCGAUAGAGGAGUGUGAAAAGGCUACACCCACCCAGUACUUCUUCUACAGGGAAACGCUGAACAUCUCCCCCUCUAUUGAGGUGAACGGAGGCAUUCAUACAGGCCAGGCGUUGUGCCUCCUGCUUGCAUGGGCGAUGACCUAUCUGUUCAUUGUGCGAGGAGUAAAGUCAACUGGAAAGGCGGUAUACUUCACAGCCACGUUUCCAUACUUGGUCCUCUUCAUCUACCUGGUACGUGGCUUCACUCUUCACGGAGCCAUCAAUGGCGUCAAGUACAUGUUCACUCCUAAGAUGGAACAGCUUGCCAACCCUACAACGUGGAUCAACGCGGCCACUCAGAUAUUUUUCUCUCUGGGUUUGGGUUUUGGGUCACUCAUCGCUUUUGCCAGCUACAACCCGUACAACAACAACUUUGAGCGCCAGGCGAUCGUCGUCUCUCUUAUCAACAGUGGAACCUCCGUCUUUGCCUGCAUCAUCACCUUCGCCAUCUACGGGUUCAAGGCCACCGUCAACUACGAGAACUGCCUCGAGAGAAUACGCAUCCUGCUGCUGAAUACCUUUAAUAUAGCAGAGGACACCAUCACCAUAAACAAUGUCUAUGAGUGGACUGAGAGGCUGAACGCAACAUAUCCUCAUCAGUUUAUGGAAAUUGCCCACAAAUUGGAAAACUGCAGCCUGGAGAGUGAAUUAGACACCGCUGUGGAGGGCACCGGGCUGGCGUUCAUCGUGUACAGUGAAGCCAUCACGAACAUGCCAGUCUCUCCGUUGUGGUCAGUGCUGUACUUCUUCAUGCUCCUGCUCCUGGGAGUUGGGAGCAUGCUAGGCAACAUCACAGCCAUCACAACACCGCUGCAAGACUUCAAGUUUGUGUCCCGCAUGAGCAACGAGUUGGUCAACGGUGUUGUGUGUGUGUUCUGCCUGCUUCUCGGCCUCGGCUUCACCACCACGUCGGGGAAUUACUGGUUCACCAUGUUCAAUGACUAUGGAGCAACUUUCUCCUUGCUCUUCAUCGUCCUCAUCGAGGUCAUAACCGUCAGCUAUGUUUACGGGAUUAAAAGGUUUGAGAGAGACAUAGAAGAUAUGCUGGGUCACCGUCCAAACUGGUUCUGGAAGAUCAUGUGGACGGUGACCAGUCCGGUCCUCCUCAUCGCCCUGUUCAUCUUCUACAUCAUAAACUACAUCCAGGGAGGGACACCAACCUACCAAGCAUGGAACAAAGAGCUGGGUAAAUCGUUACCGGUGGAGUAUCCCGUCUUUGGCCAAGUCUUCAUCGGGAUCCUGCUCGUGUCGUCAAUCAGCUGCAUUCCCCUCACGGCGCUGUACGUCUUCUGCACGAAAAGAAAGCACAGAAACAACCACAGGCGGCAGCUCGUAAGUACGGUAUCCGCUCAGUCGACGGAGCACGACUGGAACUAAUACUUCACCGUCGCCCGCCUCCUCCAGCAGUACGACAUUUUUAGUCGUUUUUGUUUUCUAAACCAUGUUUUUAUAUCACUUAUGUCACGUUCUUCACAAUAGUGAGAGUCUUUUUGAGUUGUUCUGCAAUUGAGAUGAUGCAUGGCAGUCUUUCAUUACUGUAUAGUGGUCAUGGACCAGAGACUGGUCACAUCUCUUCACAUAGCAGUUUGUAAUCUGUUGUGCUAUACACACGUUAUUAAUUCAUUAAGUCACACAUCAUUUCACGCACAAUUUUUCACUCAGUCUCCACUAAUAGUUGAGCCAUUGUAUGUUAUUAGCGUCGUUAAAGGUGAAUGAAAAUGAAUAUAGUUGUAAUUAAUAAUUUCACAUGAAUGUAUGUAGAUAUGUAGCGUAUUCAAUGAGUCAAGCGAUGUAGCGUUUGAGCUUCUUUUUUUUUUUCCUUUUCUUUUAUGUCCGGUUCAAACAUGUUUUUUUUUUCUUGCUGUUUUUAUAUUUAGCCUUAAUUAUGCAUUUAUCUUAGCAAAGCGUUCAGCCAAGUCUGGAUGGAGUAGGUUUGUAGAAAUAAAGCAUCUCACUGCCUCUAGUCUCACAGCUUCUCGACUUUUAGGGGUUUUGCUAAAAUUAUAUUUUUUGAGUUUUGACAUAAGAAAUGGGUAAAGGGACGGUUUAAAAUCACUAGUACCAGAAAUGAUGUUUGAUCAAAGAGAAGUUAAAUGUAGUAUUUGUAUCAGCAAGCUGUUAAAUAUAUGUCGUACUUCAUUUCAUAGUCUAGUUAUCUAAUAAUAACUUGUACUGAGGUGCCUUGCUAGCAUAUGUAUACGUGUAGUGUAUGUAUAAAAUUAUCUUCUGUUUUACUACAUAAGUAUUUUUGAUAACUGAUUUUAUAUUUGUUUUUUGUUUUUUGGUUUUUUGUUUUUUUUUCUUAUUGAAGUUUUUCAGCAAAAUGACGUACGAACUGUGAAAGAGACAAAGUCGUACUCCGGUGUGCCAAAAAAAAAAAACAUAUAACACUUCAGGUCAGACCCGAACAAGGACAGAUAAUGCGCACAAAACAAACAAAUAAAUAAAUGCAUCAGCAAACAAAAGAAACGCACAAUAAAUAAAUGAACAGAUAGAUAAAGGGGAAGGGGAAGGGGAAGGGCAGACGUAUGGAGAUGGGAGUUUUUCCAGCUUAUAAUAGCUGGGUCAGGGGGAAUGGACUGGCCCCAGAAGGUUGUCAGUUUUCGGGAAGUGACCAGGACAUGUGCAUAUUACAGGCGUCACUAGCAGUGGGGUGGAUCCUGGCCAGUUUUGUGUAAUGGAUUCUGUCUUGAAUCAGGCCUUGAAGGGCACGUGUGGAGGAGGGGUGUAGAGCUUCUGCACAUUAGCAGCCCAGAGGUAUCACCUAAAGUUUGGAUAAUAUCCAAAACAUGUGGAUAUUAUCCCGUCUAAUUUGUGAAGAGCAAUGAUUUUUAUAUCUGUUUGAAAAGGGUUCAUAUCUGCCGCUCCGUGUUUUCAUUUUUUAAACCAGAGAACACAUGAAGUCACUUGUAUGAAUCAGCUGUAUAUGCCGCGCACGUUUCUGUUUUUAAUACCUGUAAAUAAAAUGAUAAAAUAUUUGCUUUGUA